UGAAGAAAAUUCUGUAAACUGGAGUUAGUUCGUACUAAGUCGUCGCUGUGGGUCGCUGAGAAUUUGCUGAACCGUGAAAUGCAUAACUUGUUGCAGUUUUUGUCGAUUUUUUUGGUGUGCAGUAGUGUUUACGCCAACCAUUGCACAAUUAGGAUACCGGAGGAUGUGCCGCAACCGGCACCUGUAAUUUUUACGAAUACUGGAUUAUUCAGACCUACUAGCGCAGUAACUACAAUUAGAGAGUAUGACAAAAUAACACUGCUUUGUACUGGAAGGGACAAUAAAGUGCUUGCUCUAAAUCAAGAGAUAGUAAUAUUGGAGUGUAGAAAUGGUAAAUUUCGCUCUAUGGGAAGACCAUUUGCGUUCAAAGAUAUGAAAUGUAAAUCGGUACCGACCUCUCAGCUAUGGCAAAACGGCACUAUUUGCGCUGAAGGCGCUGGUGUAUUUUAUGAAGUGGGAGUUAGCUUAGGUAGGAACUGGCACCCCAUUUUCAAAAUUUGCUUCAAUCAACGCGACCAGCGCACGAUUUACUCACGUAAUUUGAUUAAUGGCUUUGUGGUAAAAAAUCGAGUUAGGCAAGACUGCCGCCCAUCUACUUUUAAAAGUGAUGGUAUGAAUGGUAAUCUGAAUUAUUUAUAUACAAAGGCAACUCAACGAACACGCUUCGAAGCGCUUUUUGGUGCCAACCAAAACUUCAUCAAUGGGGUCAGUUUCCUUGCACGCGGUCAUAUAGCACCAUUUGCGGAUUUCAUUUUUUGUUACGAACAGUAUGCCACUUUCUAUUACGCGAACGUUGCGCCCGAGUGGCAGGUCGUGAAUGCCGGUAAUUGGGUACGCGUGGAGAACGCUGUGCGCAAGAUCGCCUCUUCGAAGCAAUCCGAUGUAUUGGUAUUCACCGGUACCUUAGGCGUAUUACAGUUGCGAAAUCCACUGACUUCUCGGGAUACUAGCAUAUAUUUGGGUGUAAACCAAACGAUUGCUGUGCCAAAAUGGUUCUAUAAGGUGGUGAUGCAUCGUAGUUUCGCGUAUGAUAUCGUCUUUAUCACGCUGAAUAAUCCAUUUGCAAGAAAUGCUGUAAGAGAGGAGUUUUGUAACAAUAUUUGUAGCCGAGUUUGUUAUCAGCAUAAGUUGGAUUGUUCCAAAUUUCAAGAUACUAACAAAGGUUAUACGUUUUGUUGUGAGUUAAAGGACUUUUGGGCCAAAGCUAUUCGUGUUGGAAGGCCAUAUUACGAACUACCAGAUGGCUGGAGUUAUAAAAAUUAACUUGUGUUAUAUGCAUAUGUACGAUUUGAGUUCCAAAGUAAACAGGACUUUUCAGCGCCUACUGCUAUCUUUAACGGUUGUCCAGUGAGAGUUUAAGUGUCAGUAUGUUUGUGUUAUCGGUGCGAAAAUGAGCUUCGAACAAAGAGCCAACAUUAGAUUUUGUUUUAAAAUUGGUAAAUCGUUUACCGAAACGUUUCAAUUGAUGAAACAAGUUUAUGGCUAUGAUCGCCCAUCCCGUAGCAGAGUGCACGAGUGGUUUCAACGUUUUCAAAGUGGUCGUGAGGACAUAAAUGACGAUCAACAUGUGGGCCAAUCAAAAUCCGUGAUCACUGGAAAUUCCAUCGAAACUGUGUGAGAAUUCAUCAAAAAUCAGCCGAAACCGAAAUUCAUGGAAAUAGAAUUGAACAUCUCCCAAACAUCGCUUUAACGCAUUUUGAACGAACAUUUGGGCUUACGAAAGUUGUGUGCACGGUUUGUUCCGCACAAAUUGACUGAUGACCAAAAAAUGCUCAAAAUCCAACAUUCGAGGGACAUCAUUGGUGAACGAUUAUUUGAUUAAAAAUCACUUCUGAAGCAUUAAGCACUAACCGUAUUCACCUGAUAUGGCAACGUACGACUUCUUCCUUUUCUCGUUCGACAUGCUUUUGGACCAUGCAAAGAGCUGUAUUGAAGCAGAAGGAGACUACUUUGAUUAAAAUUAACUGAUUUUGCCGAAAAAACCAUUUGUUCUGUUUUUUUCUUUAAGUCCUGUUUACUUUGGAACGCAGCUUGUAUAUAUAUAUUUUGUAUAUUGCUAUAAUAAAAUAAAUGUUUGAAAUUUAUUCUUGA